GCCACAACCUCACGCGAUCCAAUUUUACCGCCUUCGUCACUCUCCCCAUCCCUCAACACACAACCCCACCAUUCUCCUCCCUAUCAAGUCUUCUUCGAGCCUCUUCUAAACUCUUUCAAAAUGGAUGACUGGAGCUCUACUACUCGCAUUGGAAGCAAGCACCGCGCUGGCGGUGCCGCUCCUCGUGAGACUGUCGUCAAGGGCAAGAGCGCCCUGAACGCCGCUCAGCGCCAGGGUCUUGUUAUCGGAACUGAGAAGAAGUACGCCACUGGCAAUGCUGCUUCCAAAACUGGUUCUAUUGAAGGUCAGCACCUGACCAAGGUCGACCGCAGCGACGACAUCAUCAAGCCCAAGACCGUUGGUUACCAAGUUGCAGACGCUAUCAAGAAGCGACGUACCGAGGAGGGCUACAAGAUGACACAGAAGGAACUUGCCACCAAGUGCAACACCACCGUCACCAUGGUCCAGGACUUCGAGAAGGGUACCGCCACCCCCGACCAGAAGGUCCUCAGUGCGAUGGAGCGUGUGCUCAACAUCAAGCUGAGAGGCUCAGACAUCGGAAAGGAGAAGUUCCCCAAGAAAAAGUAA